AACCGCUCGAUCGGCAUCGAAUCGUGCCGAACGUGUUUGUGAUAUCUGCCGCCGCACUCGCUCGCUCCUACCCUUUUUUCUACAAGCAUAAACCACACUCCUCAGUCCUCCCCACCCCACAUCCACACCCAAACACACACACACACACACUUCCUCUCUCUGCGAGUUCUUGUGAUCAGCUCGGAUCGGGUCGGCGGCGGCCUGAUCUAUCUCUCGGUCGGUGAUGGCGGACUGGGGGCCUGUGGUGGUGGGGGUGGUGCUGUUCGUGCUGCUCUCGCCGGGGCUGCUGUGCGAGCUCCCCGGCUCCCACCGCCACGUCGACUUCGGCGGCUUCCGCACCAACGGCAAGGCCAUCUUCGUCCACACCCUCAUCUUCUUCGCCGCCUUCACCAUCCUCACCCUCGCGCUCCACGUCCACAUCUACACCGGAUAGCUAGCUUAGCUAGCCUGCCUCAUCUGGACAGGAGAUCAGAUCAGAUCGGAAAGCAUGCCACCCUUCUGUCCCUGUUCUUGAUGUGUUCUCUCUGCUUUUGGUACUAGUGCUAGUGGUGUGUGUACAAGCUGAUCUGCUGGAAACUAGUGCUGCGUGUGGGAACUCAUCGAAUCUGUUGAAGCAAAUCUAAUACUUCUUGCUUGCCUCUUUUUAAACUCCAUGUUUUGAGUAACGUGUUAAUUUGCCGUCUCUUUCUUUUCUUCUGAUGUGAUACCAUUUUCCAUUUAUCUGUAGCAUCUAGCUUCUUCAAGGGCUCGUCUACCCGAA